UUCCACCCGCCUUCGGACAUCAGCAACGAAGAAAAAGAACCGAAGCUUGUCGCGCGAAAGAAAAGUGGAAAGGAUUUUCAUCUUGAAAAUUUCCCGUGAAAACUCAAAAGUUCGUUCUAUUUGUUCUGCUCAUCGAAAAGUGCGGCGAACCAUGCCAUCCCGUGCCGUGAAAACGCUAUGUCCGCUGGUUCCUUCGGUUUAGGAGGUAGUGGAAAACUACAGCUCCUCGCUCAACAGCAGAAGAAGAAGCCAUCUCUGUCCACAACAGUUACUGUUGGGGAGGAACAAAAUCAGAUUCUGCUCAGCCUUCCUCCGAACGUCAACGGCCGCCAGCGGGGAACGCUAGCCGUUCGUCUCUCGGGAAUACGGUGGACCAGUGCCAGAAGUUAUCCGGUAGUGGAAGUUCGACUGCUGUGGUGGGGACAGAACCCUCAGAAAGUGGGACCGAGUGUUUUGCGUUGGGAACAGGGAAGAACCUCCGGAGGUGGUGAAGAGCGGUGGCUCCGGUAUCAAGUGCUGACCAGUGAGGAACUGUUUCGGAAAUAUUUGCUAGCGGCGGAACCGAUUCACGUUCGGUUGGUGUCCAGCAGGACGGGAAGCUUGAUCGGAACGGCAGCCGUCCCCGUUCCGGGAAAGUUGGUGAACUUUCGAGUGGGGGAGCAACUGGAAGUCGCGGGCAGGGCAGAAAUUGUUAGCGGAUCGGGGUUUGGUUUGGGUGAUAUUGACUUGGAGUUUGAGCUGACGCUGACGCGGAAGCCUGAGGGCAAGGAGAACAGCAACGGAAUGGUGCAACAGGCAGCUAAAAAGACACUUCCGGUGGUGCUUCCGGAACGGGAGAUGCUGGUGAAAGGAACUGCGGUAUCUCUGUGCGAGGGAAAACAGACAAAAACCUUCCGCUCCUUGGACAACCAUUCCCGAUCAAAGGUUCUCAACUAUUUGUCCGGCAAUGUCGUUUCCGGCUCUGAGGACGAAGCCCUCAGUGAAAUAUGUUCGAUCUCGCCAGCGGAAAGCAUGUUGGAUGCCCUGAACAAGUUUGAUGCCGCACCCGCUGUCAGGAAAUCGGAAUACCUGAAGUCUGUUGAUUCGGUUCGGAUACUGGUUGAGGAUCUUAAAUUCACUAAAGCGGGCUUGAAAGAGAUCAUUCAUAAAACCAAACUGGCGUCAUUGGCCGAUGUUGGAUUCCAAAUCAAGGUGAAACUUCCGGCUCAGUCCAGUGCUGGAUCGAAGCUCAAGUUUCCCUCGAGCUUCGUGUCGGAUGCUGGGGAGGUCGUUUUCAACGGAAAAGCGGUUACGAAGGUUUCAAUCCCUGCGAAACCAGAUGACUGUCGAUUCGAAUUUCUAGUUUACUUGAUGCUGGGCCCGGUCUUCCAUCAGAGAUCGACAACCGGAAGGCAGAUUUUCCUCGGUUCAUCGGUGAUAAAACUAGAAGAAUUGAUCAGUAACAGAUUUGCGUGCUACAAACGAUGCCCAGUGCGAUUAGCUUCUGACGACAUCCUUUUGGGAAUGCUUGCGGUUCGACUGGAACUGGGAGCUCGUGGCCUACAUUUCGGUUCGGAGCUUAUCGAUGCUCUUCAAGUAGAUAAAGAAAACCUUACAAUCAGUAGUUCUUCCAGUGAAAGUGAUUUGCCGUCUCAUUGUUGGUCUUUUAAGCCCCUUCAAAGAUGUCGAAUGACGGCCCCGAGUCAAGCAUUUCACUGUAGACCGGUAACUUGUAGUCAGGACCACCAAGGAACCACCCAAAAUGCAUCAAAAGAUCCAUCUCCUACGCAGAAUUCUCCAACCGCUCCAGUUUCACAACGGGAUGCUUCUCAACAGCAAGGAUCAUCCAAAGAAGACACGGGGCCUAAAGCAAUGGACACUGUAGAGACGCCUUCGGAACCCCCCAAGAACGUACUCCAUGGAGUCCUUCAUCUCGGACAGCUGAAAGAUGUUGCCUUAUUGACGACCGGUGGAUAUUUCUUAGUUGCACACGGUUUCUGGUCAGACGAGGAUAGUCCAAUUUUGACCACAGAACUGUCUCAGGACUGCAAGUCCUUUAACUAUCUGAUAACCUUCCCGGUAAUGCCGAAUGCUCGCUUCCUGGAACGUACAAAGAAUCAGCACAUGUUGGUAGAAUUGUGGCAAAAGACCCCGGGUGCUACGGAGAAGCUUGUUGGCGUUACCCGACUUCCGUUGCAUCAGUUCUAUAUUGCUUUUCGAGAUGCACAGCUGGCGGAGCAUUUAUCCCGUGCAAAACUCCCAGUUAUAUCUAUCGACGGAUGGAGCGGAAUUACUUCUCCUCUUGCGGCCGAUCCUUGCGGACAGGUUCAAGCCGUGCUGGCGAUCGGUACCGAGAAUCAAGUCGAGUACUUGAAGCUAUCUCGCGGAUUGACACACACUUCCGGUGAUGCGCCGGUAACGACGAAUAAACCCGCAGUUCCAGACGCUGGACAGCGUCGAACAUCCCAAGACGAACCGCCACACGAAUCCAUGGUCACUCCUUCGACGGCCAUCGCCCAUCAACGUGACUGCGAAUCGUACCGACCGAUCAGCACAUCCAACACCGGUAAACAACAAUCCGAAGUGGCCAACAUGUUGUCAGCAUUCAUCGAAAAUCUCGCCCAGCGCUUGCCCAUCUCAUCGGAGCGUAGCACCGCUCCCUGCUAUGACCAGAACUUUGCCGAUACUCGUCAAGCAACUCCACCGCCGCCAGUUCCAUCGUCGCCCCAUUCGCAGGCCAACCAUCCCCAGCUACGGAAAACAUCCGAUCUGCUGGAGAAUCUGCAAAGAGCUUUGGCGCAGAGACCAUCAGAAAACGUCACCACCAAUCUGCUCCCGGCAUCCUCAGAGAGUGCUUCGGAAACGCCUCAAUCGGAUCCGGCACAGAAACAGCAAUCCGUUGCCGACGAGAAGCUGUUCAAGGUGUCGAUCGAGAUCGAGCAGGCGGUCAACCUCCCGAAGGUGAACGUCGGCAAGAAGUUCGGCAAACGGAACAAGAAUCGCUCCCAGGGCGCCAACCAGCAACAAUCGCGCGUCGAAGUGGAACCGAGCGCCUACGUUACUUUCGAGGGCUACAAUCUGCAGCCGGGAACGGUCGACACGGUCAAAUCGCACGAGGGAAUCGUCUACACGACCGCGGUCGUGGAAGGGUGCUGCAAUCCCAGCUGGAAGAAGAAGUUCGACGUUCGGCUGCCGGUGGACCUGAUGACUAAUGACGAGAAACGGUUCAUUCUGAAGGUAUGGCGCAAGGCGGCGACCGGCCACAACGCUGGUUCCGCCAAACAUCCGACGAUGAUGCCCGCCCCGAUGGAGGACGCCGUGGUCGGAUUUACGGCGGUGGAUUUGAGCGUGUUCCUGAACGGUAUGCCGUGCAUUCUCGGGUGGUACAAUAUCAUGGAUUUCUCCGGGCGGUGCAACGGACAGAUCAAGGUCAACAUUCAACCGCUGGAGAACGUCACCGUGUACAAAGGGUUGGAAGAGGGCGUCAACUUCCAAAUUCCGCUCUCGAUCGACGUGGACUGCAGCGGGCUGGAGGCCGGCAACACUUCGCUGAGUCGUGCCCUGAAGCGCAAGUUUACCGAGCUGGAAGAAAUUACCCAGCGUUUGAAGGCCCGUCUUUUCGACGUAACGGGUGACGAAAACGUCGAUCCCGAUGACGAGUUCGAGCGGGACCUGAACACCGAAGCAGAAGAAGAAGAUGACGAAGAGUGGGUCGAUCCGCUGGAGGACAAAUCCGGCCAAAAACGGAACAGCCAAUUUCCGAACGGUUCCCAGCAGACGCGUACCACCAAUACCUGUUCGUACACGAUGUCUUCGGAUCAUCGGGCGCCGGAACGUAGCUUGACUGGAUGUUCGGAUCGUUCUACCCAGAUCGACAGCGACGCUGAGAAACAUAUGCUGCUGGAACAGCUUCUCAAGAGUCACGAUCUGGAUACGCUGAUCAACCCCAAAAUCCUGAAAAACCUUAUCAAUCCGAUAAUGUCCACGUCGGAGUCAACCCCCAUGAGCAAUCCGUAUGAGAAUAUACCGGAGAGUGAAUCGUCGGGAGGCACGAGUGCCGAUGCGGAUAUGAGUGAAGAUUCGACUGCCGCCGUAGGUGGAUCUACAACAGAUAAGGUGAAGCUAAUCUCUUCGGCUCUUCAACGGACAACCAUUUCCGAAGACACCACACCGGCCGGUAGUUCCGGUCGACAGGAUUCCACCGAGGGCAGCAGCAAACGUGAGGCACCAGAGGGAGAACCCAUGAAGGUAAAUGAUAAAUAAGUUUUCUUCAUUUUCGAACUAUUAGUUGCCUACGACAUUUAGAUCUUAAGAUCAACGAAACUCAUCAUGCUUUUACGACGAGGAAUUUGGCACGGUCCAAAUGAAUCUACAUUAUUCAUACAAAUACCCAAACGCAACAUUUUGAGCGGUGUAACACGUUAACAAACAUACGUAUACAUUAGUACUACAUUUACAACUUGGCUUGUUAAGUUAGAGUAAUCGAAAGUAUUCGCUGAUAUUAUCUUAUAGGAAAUAAAUGCUUCAAUUGCUACUCGCUAA